AUGGACUUGGCCGGCCUCAAUGACUGCCCACUUCAACACCAGAGCUCCAAGUCAGAUCUCGGCCACGAACCUCCAAGAAAAGACGCCUCAGGCAAACCUCCCAAGGAGGGCUCUGCAGGAGGUGCAGGCGACGCCCAGGGCUGCCACUCGGUGCCCAGGGUCUAUCUGUACAUCCAGAUGCAGCUGUGCCAGAAGGAGACACUCAAGGACUGGCUGGGGGCCAACACGCUGAGCAGGGAUCGGGUCAAGCAGCUUCACAUCUUCCAACAGAUCCUGGCCGCCGUGCAGUACGUGCACUCCUGCGGCAUGAUCCACAGGGACCUCAAGCCUUCCAACAUCUUCUUCUCGGCGGACGGGACGGUCAAAGUGGGUGAUUUUGGCCUGGUGACUGCCGUGGACACCCAGCUGGAGACCGGCGAGUCAUUGGACGAUGACCUAAGCAGCAUUGACCUCAGUAAGAAGCACACCAGCCAAGUCGGUACCCAGCUCUACAUGAGUCCCGAACAGGUAUUAAACACUAUGUUUAAGACCGGGUGGACUCUGGGUGCUGAUAAUGACAAUCGCCUUCGUUUGAGUGGAAAGACUUACGACCACAAAGUGGACAUCUACUCUCUGGGUCUGAUCUUCUUUGAGUUGUUGCAUCCCUUCGGCACACAGAUGGAGCGUAUCAUGGUGAUGACAGGAUCACGACAGCAGAAGUUCCCUGACAGAUUUGCAAAGGAACUACCGUCAGAGACUGAGCUCAUACAGAUGCUGCUGUCCAACAAUCCCGCCAACCGACCCGACGCCGAUGAGAUCACGGAGAAAGACACCUUCGCGCGCCUGUACAGGAACUUUGUUCCGCCUGUUGCCAACAGCAAUAGAGGGCGCUAUUCUUCAAACUCCAGCAACUGA